AUGGCCGCCGCGGGCGCGUCUUCCAUCUCCGUCACCGUACGAGUUCGCCCUUUCACUAUCCGAGAGGCAGCCCAAGUCACGAGGAACGAUGACCAGACGCUGUUCCUCGGAGACGGUUCGCUGGCGGGCUUGCCAGCGCCGAAGCUCCACAAGGGCAUCCGGCCUGUCAUCAAGGUCAUGGACGAGAAGUGCCUAAUCUUCGACCCACCAGAAGAUAACGCUGUUCAACGGUUUGGACGAUCAACAAUAGGACCCCAGGGCAAGCGAUCAAAGGACCAGACAUUCGCAUUCGACCGCGUCUUCGACGACACUACCUCCCAGGGCGACGUAUACGAAGCCACGACGAAGCCCCUGCUGGACAGUGUGCUGGAUGGAUACAACGCGACUGUCUUUGCCUAUGGCGCCACAGGUUGCGGAAAGACACAUACUAUCACUGGAACAUCGCAGCAGCCCGGCAUUAUCUUUUUGACUAUGCAAGAACUGUUCGAGAAGAUUCAGGACAUACAAGAUGAAAAGGUCACCGAGAUCACGCUCUCCUAUCUGGAAAUCUACAACGAGACAAUUCGCGACUUGCUUGUAGAGGGCGGCAGUAAACAACCCCUGAUGCUCCGCGAGGAUGCCAACCAGGCUGUAUCUGUCGCUGGUCUUUCCAGCCACCGACCACAGAGCGUCCAAGAAGUCAUGGAUAUUAUUGUCCGCGGCAACGAGUACCGAACUAUGUCACCUACCGAAGCGAACGCUACCUCUUCUCGAUCCCACGCCGUACUUCAGAUCAACGUGUCCUCCAAGGACCGCAAUGCCUCGGUCAACGAACCCCACACAAUGGCUACCCUCAGCAUCAUCGACUUGGCAGGUAGUGAGCGUGCGAGCGCUACGAAGAACCGUGGAGAGCGUCUGACGGAGGGUGCCAACAUCAACAAAUCCCUGCUCGCGCUGGGAAGCUGUAUCAACGCCCUAUGUGAUCCCCGAAAGCGAAACCACAUCCCAUACCGCAACUCAAAACUCACGCGAUUGCUCAAGUUCUCUCUCGGUGGAAACUGUAAAACUGUCAUGAUAGUCUGUGUUAGUCCAUCAAGCGCGCAUUUCGAUGAGACGCAGAACACCCUGCGUUACGCCAAUCGCGCGAAGAACAUCCAGACCAAGGUCACCAAGAACGUAUACAAUGUCAACCGCCACGUAAAGGACUACCUUGUCAAGAUCGAUGAACAGAGACACUUGAUUGAGGAGUUGAUGAAGAAGCAGAAAGAUUUCGAAGGAAGCGCCUUGGUCAAGUUCCAGAAGCAGAGCGAAAAGAAGGAUGGCAUCCUGCGAGACGCUGUGGUACGCUUGCGCCAGGCUUAUGCGGACUCUGAGCCCGACCGUCGGGAUCGGUUGAAUAUGUCAAAGACCUUGAAGCUGGCCGAGAAGCGCAUCUCGAUGAUUUCGGCAUGGAUCGCAGCAUUCGAUAACGUGAAAGAUGUUCGCGAAAACGAGGAGAUGCCCGCUCAAGUUACAGCAAUGAGAGAUACCGCAGUCGGAAUAUCCGCAGAACUCGAACAAACGCGACAACAUUGCCAUAGGCGAUUGGAGCGUACCGUAUGGACGAGCAAAAUGGACACAGCGCUGCAUGUUGGACUGAAGGGUCUGGCGGAGGUGGACGGCAAUGCUGACGGCCAUGAUGCUGCCAACCUGACAAGAGAGUACGAGCUUCUCAAAGCCAACGCGGAUCGCGAACAACUCAAUGCUCUGUUGGACAUGGAAAAAGGCGGCGAUGCUGCCAUCGUCCAGGUGUUGGUACAGGCGCACAUCGAGACCGUCACAAUCCUAAGCCAGAUCACCCAAAUGGAUGAAGCCCAAGCAGUCGAAGCGGCGAGGAAGCUGCUUACGAAGAUUAUGAAUUCUUGUACAAACGCGACUUCGCAGGUUAUUCGGCCAGACGGUGGCCUGCCAGUCACGGAGUUCUUCGAGCCAAGCCACAGAGGCACACCAAAAAGGAGGAAGCCAGUGAACAUCAUGGAGCCGUCUCCCAUGCGACCAAUUGCUUUGCCAACACUGGCGGACGCGCCGCAUCUUACAUCAUCGCCAAUGAAGUCAUCACCACGCCGAAAGUUGAUGGCAGGAGCCAGGAAGAGCGUCCAGUUCUCGCCGAUGAAGAAGAAGAAGUCUCCGUCAAAGACGAAGCGUGGAGUCCGUUGGAGGGAUGACACUGAGAAUGGUACCCUCGCCGAAUUCCAGAAAACGCCGGAACACCUAGCAGGAACGCCAACACAUUCGUCAACCCCAGUGCCAGCACCGACUUACUCGACAGGCAUCCCCAUACCGAAAUACGAUGGAAGCGGUGGCUCUUCGCCUAUCCCUACACCACCGAAAGCCUCUGUGGAUUUGAAGGGCUCAUCGCGCUUUGCGGUCGGCGCGCUGUCUAAGCGUUCGGACGGAUCCCCCACAUCUCGUUCCAAUAACGCAUAUGGCUCGGAUUCCGAUGGUGCGUCGCCUCUCCGCGACAUCUACAACAACGCUCGCACUUCAUCCUUGAGCAAUGUAGAGAACGCCUCGUCGGGCCCCGCGCGAGAAGGAGACAGCGGCCACUCCAGUUCAGAGGGAGAGAAAUGGACGCCAUCAGACGCCCGACAAAUCGGACACGCAAUCAAGCGUCGUUCUUCCACGAACGGUGGAUCUGUACCUGUGAACCGAGCGCAUCGUCGUCGUAGUCCGACAGCAGCGACUAUUGGCAGCCCGCCCAACGAGAACUCCCUUCUCUCCGCGGGUGCGGCACGUCGCAUGGUCAAGUCUGUCCACGAGGCUGACUGGAAGAACAGCGUACUCAGCCCACGGGUUACGCCUAUAAUGAAGAGCGCUGUAAGGCGCACUACCUUGGCGAACGUCGGUGACGAUCGACCUCGGGAGGCACCACCCAGCCUGAAUGCGCGAGCGCCUGUACGGAUCACUAGUGGUUCUUCGUCCAGAGGUAGCCUCAUGCCUAAUUCUAAGAGCUCCAUUGACACCAACACAGCAAAGAUGCCACCGAAGCCAAAAACCCCAAAGGCCCCGAGCCGUCCCGCCGCCGCCCCCAAGAAGAAAGCCGACACGCCAAAGGAUCCAACUUCUAGUCAGCCCGCCAAGAAGAAGCCCAAGAUUGCUCGGAAACGCAAAAACGACGGCAAUGACGAUAUUCUCGCUCCCGGAACGGAUCCGAAAAGCUUCGUGCAAUUACACAAAGGCGAAGGCCAGGUCGGCUCCUACGCCAUGUUCGGCCGCCGGGACGGGUUCCGCAAGUACAUCCUGUCCAGCCUAGUGCUGAAUGCCUAUACCAAUUCUUACACCGACAGCGGAAGAAUCCAAGUGCGCCAGAGGGACGUACUCGAGUAUAUCCGUGACCAGGACGAUAGAAUGAAGUCGGAGGCAAGCCCCAUCGACGUAUACCCAAAGCAGAGCGACAAUAUCCACGCCGUUCAACGAACCGCCCUCGCAUGCGCACAGCUCUACAGACAGGUUGAGAGGGCUGCUUCCGGGCAAUGGCCAUUCGACCAAGAGCAGGAGAAGAAGGCUGUCAGCGCUUUCGAGUCCCUGACAGGAAGACAAGCAUCGGCUUUUGACCGUUCGGACGUGAGCGUGAAGAGCUUCGGCCCCUACAUCAAGUACGGAGAAAGCGACCUAGAGCCAUACAGCCGCGCGUUCAACGUGAUCUUGUGUCUUUCGUGGUCAUUGAGCCCCAAAGUAUGGAGCAAAAGGUUCGAAAAUGCCAAGUGGGACGAGGAGGUCCGCUUUAGUACAGCUCACGUCCCGCAUUGGAUGCGGGAGCGAGACGGCACAAAGAAGACCGCCAAAGCCCCAGACCAAGCAACAAAUACAUCCGAGCCGCCCAAACCGAACCCGGAAGUGCUUGUAUCUUGGAAGAUGACUUCCCCUUUACCUAAACAACGAGAGCUCACGGAAUGGUUAACAGAAACCGGGCUGGUCGACAACAUCCCAAGUGAACUCCCGAGAACAGUCAGGCCGACAGCAACCCGCGCAGAAGUCCGCGACAUCAUCCGAGCAAAGUUUCAGUUAGAUCUGAACCAGGCCCAGAUCGCAACGCUCUAG